GAAUUGAACUCAAAGAGGAUUAGUCCAAGUCUUUAAUGUGUGGGAUGAGUGCAGUUUUGAUUAGAACAUGCAAAAUACAAAAUGUAAAUGUUGCAUUCUCUACAAAUUAAUAUGCAGUGAAAGUGCAGUCACAUUUUUUUGGCAAGAUUCCCUUAUGGGCUCCUGAAGCAAGUAUUUGAAAAAGGACUAUGUGCUGUGGGUGUCCACCAUAUUCCAUAAUGGUACAGUCCAUCGCCAGCUCGUCCCCAAAUUGCGGCGCCAGCCUAUAAAAAGUAAACGUCGGCGCAAAGUUGCUUGCGAGGGACUUGUUGUUUGAAAGGAGGGCAAAAUAAAUUAGCCUGGGGAAAAACUUAAGAUCUGCAGAGACAUGGAGCACACCGAGGUGGUGAAGCCAGAGACCCUGGACGAGCUGAUCAAAGCCCUGCACGACAUCUUCGAGAGUGACUGCAUCAAUGUGGAGGAGGUCCAAGAUGUAAUGGAAUCGUACGAGAGCAAACCGCAGGAGUGGAUGCAAUAUGCCAAGUUCGACCAGUACAGGUACACGAGGAACUUGGUCGAUGAGGGUAACGGGAAGUUCAAUCUCAUGAUUCUGUGCUGGGGUGAAGGCCACGGCAGUAGCAUCCACGACCACACAAAUUCCCACUGUUUCAUGAAGCUGCUCCAGGGUCAGCUGAAGGAGACGCUGUUCGACUGGCCAGACACCAAAUCUCUCGGAGAUAUGGUUCAGAGGUCACAGAGAAUUCUCCAGGAGAACAAGGUUGCUUACAUAAACGACUCCCUUGGCCUGCAUCGUGUGGAAAAUGUCAGCCACACCGAGUGCGCAGUCAGUUUGCACCUCUACAGCCCCCCUUUCCAGUCGUGCCAGACCUUUGACCAGCGGACGGGCCACAGGAACUCUGUCAAGAUGACAUUCUGGAGCAAAUAUGGAGAGAGGACUCCUUUUGAGACAAUCUCCCAGGAGAACAACUAACGGUCGCCAAAGGUGGGCUGCGGACGACGAAGACGGUUGCAAUCAAAAAUGACGAUGUGAAAUCGAUUCAAGGUAAACUGCCGCGGAAGCAGAAAUGUGGACCUGCUAUGACUAAGCAAACCAUUUUUUUUUUCAAAAUCAGGAGCGGGCCAGUUCAAAAGGACAAGCCAGUAAUUAGAAUGGCUUUAUCACUUUCCAGCGCCAGCUUGGCAAAUGCUGAUGAGCACAGGAUGAAUGCAUGAAUGGGCUCGGACACGGAUUGAAUCUGCCUUUUGUUUGCUGGGCCCGAGGAGACCCUUUUCCAAUAACAACAUUCCUGUCCACCCCAUGACCUGUGCUCCCACAUUUUUGUCAAGUAAUCGGCCAUAAUGGAAGAUUUUUUUUUUCAAAUUUUUUCAAAUAAGAGGAAGAUAUUGCCGUUGUAAGUGUUUCUAUUAAAUUUGUACAUCUCGAGAAAAAAAGGAAAACUAUCCUGCGAUCAACAGCUCCACUCUCAAUGGAGAACUUUUCUAACUGUGUGUAGCGUCAGUCUGUGCCACUCAAAAUAGUGUUAACAUUGGUUGGAAAUUGUGACGAAAUCUUACAUUGCUUGUACAGUCGGAUUAAAACGCUGCUUGUUCCAUUUUUUUUUUUGCGUUUGGAUAAAGAAAUGUAAAGCUUUUGAGUUGUGUUGUUUUUUAAAAAAAAGUGUGAUGCUUGUAAUUUAUUUACAGAGUACUCUGCCCAUGGAAGGAGUGUUUAAAUCAGCGAUGUUUCACUUAAAUGUAUCCAUACACUCGUUUGACCAAGAGAGAUUUUAGAGAGGGACUUUUUUUGUGUUAUUGGCAGACAAAAUAUGUUUAGAUAAAUCUCAGAUUUGUUUCUCAGGAGUUUUGGCAUAUUUUGAUUGUAGCUUUAUGUAUAAAGUGUGUAGUUGUAGAGCAUAGCACCUCUCAUAGAACUGUCAAAUGCAUGCGUGCUUUCUGUAAUGCAGUAAACAAUAAAUCUGGCCAUAACUGUGGACCAUUAAACACGA